AAGCUGCUGCAGGGGAGAGAGGGGGUGAGACACAGAGAGGAGAGCAAAGGGAGAGAGAGGGUGCCUGGGGCGAGGGGAAGUAGCUGUCAAAUGCUCGGCUCCUUUAACCAGACCUAUCAGUCGGGCUCGGAGAGUCAUGGCGACUACAGCCUCUAACCACUAUAACCUGCUGAGCUCCAGCUCCUCCAUCGUACAUGCGGAGCCCGGCGGUAUGCAGCAAGCUUCGGGAUACAGGGACGCACAGACGCUGGUGCAGAGCGACUACACGCUACAGAGCAACGGGCACCCCUUGAGCCACGCACACCAGUGGAUCACCGCGCUGUCCCACGGGGAUGGGGCUCCCUGGUCCAGCAGCCCCCUUGGCCAGCAGGACAUCAAGCCCACGGUGCAGCCCAGCAGGGAGGAGCUGCACAGCGCAGGCACUUUGCAGCACCAGGGUAGACCUCCUCAUCUGGUACACCCCGCGCACGGCAACCACCAUGGUGCAGGGGCAUGGAGGACCACCACCUCAGCCCACUUGCCCAGCAUGGCCUCUACCAAUGGGCAAGGGCUUAUCUAUUCCCAGCCUAGCUUUACGGUCAAUGGCAUGAUAAACCCAGGCUCUGGGCAAGGCAUGCACCACCAUGGACUGAGGGAUGCCCAUGAUGACCACCACGGAGACCAUGGCCACCAGCAGCCUCAGCAGCAACAACAGCACUCUCAGCACCAGGGUCACCACGACCACUCGGACGAGGACACCCCGACUUCGGAUGACCUGGAGCAGUUUGCGAAGCAGUUCAAGCAGAGGAGGAUCAAACUGGGAUUUACACAAGCAGACGUCGGACUAGCCCUUGGUACCCUUUAUGGCAAUGUUUUCUCCCAGACCACCAUCUGCAGGUUCGAGGCCCUGCAGCUGAGCUUCAAGAACAUGUGCAAGCUCAAGCCUUUGUUGAACAAGUGGCUGGAAGAGGCGGACUCGUCCUCUGGGAGCCCCACCAGUAUAGACAAGAUAGCAGCUCAGGGUAGGAAGAGAAAAAAGAGGACCUCCAUUGAGGUGAGCGUCAAAGGGGCUUUGGAAAGUCAUUUCCUUAAGUGCCCUAAACCAUCUGCCCAGGAAAUCUCUUCACUAGCGGACAGUCUACAGUUAGAGAAAGAGGUGGUCAGAGUUUGGUUUUGUAACAGGAGACAGAAGGAGAAAAGGAUGACACCCCCAGGAGGGACAAUUCCAGGGGCAGAGGAUGUAUAUGGAGCUAGCAGAGACACACCACCACACCAUGGGGUUCAGACUUCUGUGCAGUGAAUCCUUAAACAUUCCCUCUCUUUGAACUUUUGAUUGUCUUCUCUCUUUUUUAUAUGAGAACAAAAGCAACUAAUGCAGAGCACUGGACUAUAUUAUGUGGUACCCGGUGUAUGUGCUGUGUUUUGACCUUUACAGGAGACUACCCAUGACAGUGGAUUAGAGUGAGUAUACAACACAUGUCAGGCACUGAGACACAUAUGUUGCAAAGCAGAAAACAAAAAUCUGUCCAGCUAAAAAAAUAAUAAUAAUGAUAAGAAAGUGACAAACAAUGGUAAACUUGGGAAAGUAGCUUUAUUCCAUGGAAUGAUGCUCUUCAUUGAUUGUAGCUGAUGUAUUAAUUUAAUGUGGAAUCCAUUUAAGGUGGAACAAAAAUACAAUUUUGACAGUAUUUAUGACGAGUAUGAAUUUGCACUGCAAGGAAACUGAAGUUUACAUGAACCAGUUCAUGAAGAUCCAUAAAUCCGACUUGCAGAUUGACACAGGGAGCAUUUUUUAGCCAUCAUCUCAACAUGUUAUUAUUUGCUUUUUAAUUUUAAUGUGUAUGUGAAAUUUUGUUAUAAAAAUAUGUUGUUUUUUUAAAUAUGUGUAAUGGUUAUUUCCCAUUCUCACAAUGUAGAGAUAGGGGCACCUUACAUACUACUGGCAGACUGCACUUUCAGGAAAUACAGAUGGCCUUACUGCAAAGUAAUGCUUGCUAUGUUCCAACAUGAAUGCCAGCUGAUAACCCAAUACACAUUCUUCAACCAA